AUGGGCAUCUCGUCCUUCUGCGCGAAGCUGUGCGGACCCUGCUGUGGGGGUCGCUCCAAAGAUGGCCUCUACGACCCCGUGCUUGCCGAUAGCGAGCGGGAAGCGGUGGCAGACCUACUAGGCUAUCUCGAGAAUAGAGCCGAGACCGACUUCUUCUCCGGCGACCCUCUACGCGCGCUCAGCACUCUGGUAUACUCCGAUAACCUCGAUUUGCAACGGAGCGCCGCCUUGACCUUUGCCGAGAUCACCGAACGAGAGCCAGACGUGCGCGAAGUUGACCGAGACACUCUCGAGCCCAUCCUGUUCCUCCUCCAGAACCCCGACAUCGAGGUGCAGCGGGCAGCCAGCGCAGCACUGGGUAACCUCGCAGUCAACACGGAGAACAAAGUGAACAUUGUGGCCUUGGGCGGCCUUCAACCACUUAUCCGGCAGAUGAACUCCACCAAUGUCGAAGUCCAAUGUAACGCAGUUGGUUGCAUAACGAACCUAGCCACGCAUGAAGACAACAAGGCGAAGAUAGCACGGUCCGGAGCGCUGCCGCCACUGACCCGGUUAGCCAAGUCGAAGGAUAUGAGAGUACAGAGGAAUGCGACUGGCGCGUUGCUCAACAUGACACACUCCGACGACAAUCGGCAGCAGCUCGUCAAUGCGGGAGCCAUCCCUGUCCUUGUGCAACUGCUGGGCUCACCGGACGUCGACGUGCAAUACUACUGCACCACUGCUCUAAGCAACAUCGCCGUCGAUGCAAAUAACCGGAAAAAGCUUGCGCAAACCGAAGGGCGCCUAGUCCAGUCACUGGUACACCUGAUGGAUUCGACAUCUCCGAAGGUGCAGUGCCAAGCUGCGCUGGCUCUUCGAAAUCUAGCCUCCGACGAGCGAUAUCAGCUUGAGAUCGUUCGCGCGCGGGGCCUACCCUCCCUACUCCGACUUCUACAAUCUUCUUACCUGCCGCUUAUCCUCUCUGCCGUAGCAUGCAUCCGAAACAUCUCUAUCCACCCUUCCAACGAAUCACCCAUCAUAGACGCAGGCUUUCUCCGACCACUCGUCGACCUCCUCGGCUCGACCGAAAACGAGGAGAUUCAAUGCCACGCCAUCUCUACCCUGCGCAACCUUGCGGCAAGCUCAGACAGGAACAAGCAGCUCGUGCUAGAAGCGGGCGCAGUUCAGAAGUGCAAACAGCUAGUACUGGACGUACCUCUGAGCGUGCAAUCUGAGAUGACGGCAGCGAUUGCGGUUCUCGCCCUGAGCGACGAACUGAAACCACACCUUCUCAACUUGGGUGUGUUCGAUGUGCUCAUCCCGCUCACAGAAUCGGAUAGCAUCGAGGUGCAAGGCAACAGUGCUGCGGCUUUGGGCAACCUGUCCUCGAAGGUCGGCGACUAUUCUAUCUUCCUCCAGAACUGGACGGAGCCUAGUGGUGGCAUCCAUGGCUAUCUUCGACGAUUUCUAGCCAGCGGCGACCCAACAUUCCAGCACAUCGCCAUCUGGACUUUACUGCAGCUACUUGAAUCGGAAGAUUCUCGCCUCGUGGACCUCAUAAGAGACUCCGAGGAGGUUAUCCAGAUGGUCAAGAGCAUCGCGGAUCGCAACGUCGAAUCAGAUGAUGAAGGAGAUGAAGAUGGGGAGGGAGAGGUCGUCAGCCUCGCACGGCGGUGUCUUGAGUUAUUGGGAGGGAACAACCACGAGCCAAAGACGCUUGUCGAGGGCUGA